AGCCGAGAGUUCUGCGCCAUGAUCCCGGUGGCGGCAACAAUGACGACGGUGGCGGCGGCGCCAGGACGAAGCCUCUACUCUUGGUAUUGCAGUGGUAUUGCACCGAGUCGAGUGCGGGGCUCAGCACAGUUCGCCAGGUCACCGCACGCACGAUGAGACCUGCCUCUUCCUCGACCGGCCGGGGCUCUUUCCGGGGGACAGCCGCGCCAGCGCCCUGCGCGGCCGUCAGCCCGUGCACGCCGCCGCUUCGGGAUGCCAUGAACGUGCUGGCUGAGCGGGAGCCCUCGCUGUUUGCCCGGUGGGAUGCCGGCCUGGUGCCGCCUUACCCGCAGCUGUACCGCAACCGGGUGCGCAUGCGAGAGCUGGUAGGAGAGGUCCUGGACGGAGGAGGAGGACGACGAGCACGAGGGGGAUCGACUGAUCCGGCUGCUGCUGGGACUGCUAGAAAGGUUCGAUUCGAGGGCGCCGAGUCGGUCGUCACGCUGCUCGUGGUUGACUAUCAGAACGAGUGGCGGGCCAAGCUGGGGAGAGCGCAGCGGACGCAGGCGCGGACGCUGGUGGUGAAUCGCGAGGCGCCGGUGCUGCCGCCGAGGAGGAAACCGGGGGCGGCGAAGUCGCCUUUUCGAGGCACGGAAUGGGGCCGGUUGGUCAGGAUGAGGUGAGGUGAGUUGGACUGCUUGGUGCUCCGCCAAUCGUGUUGCCCCCGGAAUGUAGUCCUCUUCUCUCUCCCUCUCCAAUCUCGGUCCGCUUCGCGGUACACUUCGUACUCGGUGUAUUAUCCGUAGGGAUGUGGCCUACCUCCAAAUAAUGUUCCGCUUGGUUCUUCGCCAUGGGUUACAGGAUAGAUUCAAAUAAGUAUCGUAGACAAAAGAGCGGGGCU